AUGGACAUGGGCAGGUCAGAGGGAAAAAGAGAUGGAGGACAUGGAAAGGCGGGACCUUGUCUGGGUCAAAUCCUGACCCCAAGUGGGCGGGCACAUACAUCUCCCAUCACUGCUUUCACUUUUCCUCCCCCCCCCCCAUCACUCAUCCUUCUACUUUCACCUUUACCCUUAUCUAUUCCCCACAACCAAAAAUCCCCUACUGCUUUUACCUCCUCCUUUUUCUAUUCACAAACCUUGUCCUCCUCUGCUGAUAUCUCUUUCUCCUCCUCCUUUUUGUUAACCUUUAACCCUUUUCCCUAUCUUUUUAUUAAUCUUCUUUUUCUCGUUACUCUAUUUAUUUAUGCCUUCCUUUUCUCUUUUAAAUAUAUCUCUUUUUUAUCUUUCUCUCCUCAUUUCGCAAAUACAGAAUUCUCUCUCUCUCUUUACCAUUACCCCCCACUCAUAUUUCCUUCUCUUUCUUCAACCUAUUCAAUCUUUCUUUUCCUUCUCUUUACUGUUAUAAUUAAGACAAUUUUUAGUAGAAACUACUGUCACUGA